AUGCUGCGAGCUGCGCCGCUUCUGCGUGGCGCACACGCGCUCUCCCUUGCGAAUGUGCGUGCGGUGCACACGAGCGCCGUGCGCAUGCACGACUACGUCCCUCCCCGCAACCAGCUGCCCGAGCACCCCCUCGAGAUUGGCGCGGUGCAAGGCAGCCGUCUGCGCGAGCACUACGAGCGCACGCUCGCGGCCGACAUGUUGUAUAUGAUGUACGAGCCGACGCCUGAGCCUGCGCCGCAGCCGUCCGAGUCGCUGACGGACGACCGUGACGACGACCGCGUGCGCCGUUGGCAUGGCGCCUCGCCCUACUUUGAGCACCGCUCGGCGCGUCCGCAGCGCGGCAACCGUCCGCUGCUGCCUCUCGCCACGCCGCUCAGCGAGUCGCGCCACAUUGAGCACGAUAUCCCCCGUCUGGACCGCGUGGUCCUGACCGCGUUCUGCCGCGACGCGAUCACCAACAAGCAGGCGCUCCUGCCCCUCCUCGGCCAGCUGCGUGCGGUGACUGGCCUGCCGGUCCUCGGCUCGCUCGCCGACCCCACGGUGGGCAGCUCGCCCGAGAUGGCCAAGCUCGCGCGCAACGGCUACGUCCAGGUGCUGCGCGCCAAAAAAGGUGUGGCUUCCUUCAAGCUGCGCCCCGACAUGCCGGUCGGCGCCCAGGCCGUGCUGCUGGGCGACGCGGCGUACGAGUUCAUCGAGGUGCUGACCACCUUUGUGCUGCCCCGCCUGCGCGGCUUUGCCGGUCUGCAGCUUCCUCCUGCGAGCCAGCCGCUGCUGAGCCCUGCGGCGGUGAGCGGUGUGGUGUCGUUCGGCAUGGGCCCCGAAGCGAUGCCGCUCUUUCCCCAGGUCGAAGUGAACCUGGACCAAUACCCCGGCCGGCGGCACGGCUUCCAGGUGGACUGCAUUACGAACCAGCGUGGCCGCCGCGCGACGGAGCGCGCGCGGACGCUCCUCAGCGGUCUCGGCCUGCCGUUUGUGCGUCGCGGUACGAUUGCGCUAUAG